AAAAAUGCGUAACUACCAGUAAAAAAAAAUAAUUUUCACCUGUAUGUGUGCGUUGAAGAGUGACAUAAAAACAAGAAACAUAAAAAUUAAAGUUAAUAAAGAAAAGUGCGAGUUACAAUAACAACAAAAACAGUAUAAGAUCAUUAAAGCAGAACGAAUUAGACUUUAACUAAAUACAUACAAACGAACAUAUCAGUUUUUUUAGCCAUAAAAUCUAUAAGAGAGACAACAAGAACAACUACAAUAAUAUAUAAAGAAAAAAAGGAAACAUAAUAGAAAAACAAAACAAAUAAAUAAAAAAGAAAACUCAACAUAACUGCAGUGUUGCAUUUCUCUACGUCAACUUUUUCCAUAAGAGUGAAUAUUAGAAGGUGCACAAAAUGACUCAAAUUUUACCCAUACGCUUUCAGGAGCAUUUACAGCUCACAAAUGUCGGUAUUAAUAUCAAUUCGAUAUCGUUCAGUACUCUUACCAUGGAGUCUGACAAAUUCAUUUGUGUGCGUGAAAAGGUCAACGAUACCGCACAAGUGGUCAUUAUUGAUAUGAAUGACACUGCUAAUCCAACUAGACGUCCAAUAUCAGCCGAUUCAGCAAUUAUGAAUCCGGCUAGUAAAGUUAUUGCUCUUAAAGCGCAAAAAACUUUACAAAUCUUUAAUAUCGAAAUGAAAUCGAAAAUGAAAGCUCAUACCAUGACCGAAGACGUGGUCUUUUGGAAAUGGAUAUCAUUGAAUACUUUAGCUUUGGUUACAGAGACCUCUGUAUAUCAUUGGUCGAUGGAGGGUGAUUCGACGCCCCUUAAAAUGUUCGAUAGACAUUCCUCAUUAAAUGGUUGCCAAAUCAUUAAUUAUCGUUGUAAUCCAAAUCAACAAUGGCUAUUGUUGGUGGGUAUAUCGGCAUUGCCAACUCGUGUGGCCGGUGCUAUGCAAUUGUAUUCGGUGGAACGUAAAGUAUCACAGGCAAUUGAAGGUCAUGCCGCCGCUUUUGCUUCGUUCAAAAUGGAGGGCAAUAAGGAACCUUCAACCCUAUUCUGUUUUGCUGUCCGCACUGCUACCGGUGGUAAAUUGCAUAUUAUUGAAGUUGGCGCUCCACCAACCGGCAAUCAGCCGUUUGUCAAGAAAUCCGUUGAUGUCUUCUUCCCACCCGAAGCCCAAAGUGAUUUCCCCGUAGCAAUGCAAGUUUCCUCGAAAUAUGACACCAUCUAUUUGAUCACCAAAUAUGGUUACAUUCAUCUUUACGACAUGGAGACGGGCACAUGCAUAUACAUGAAUCGCAUCUCGGCUGAUACCAUUUUUGUGACAGCUCCCCACGAAUCGAGUGGCGGCAUCAUCGGGGUAAAUCGUAAAGGUCAAGUGUUAUCGGUGACAGUGGACGAGGAACAGAUUAUACCCUACAUUAAUACGGUAUUGCAGAAUCCCGAUUUGGCUUUGCGCAUGGCUGUACGCAACAAUCUCUCUGGGGCAGAGGAAUUGUUUGUGAGAAAAUUCAAUAAGCUAUUUACGGCUGGCCAGUAUGCUGAGGCUGCCAAGGUGGCAGCGUUGGCGCCCAAGAGUAUUUUGCGUACACCGCAGACUAUACAACGUUUCCAACAAGUUCAAACGCCGGCUGGUUCUACAACACCGCCUCUAUUGCAAUAUUUUGGUAUUUUAUUAGAUCAGGGUAAAUUGAAUAAAUAUGAAUCUUUGGAAUUAUGCCGCCCGGUGUUGUUGCAAGGCAAGAAGCAACUGUGCGAGAAAUGGCUGAAGGAGGAGAAACUGGAGUGCAGCGAAGAAUUGGGUGAUUUGGUCAAGACCUCCGAUCUCACUUUGGCUCUGUCCAUCUACUUGAGAGCUAAUGUGCCCAAUAAGGUAAUACAGUGUUUUGCGGAAACCGGCCAAUUCCAGAAGAUAGUUUUGUACGCCAAAAAGGUGAACUAUACUCCCGACUAUAUAUUCCUGUUGCGCUCGGUUAUGCGUACCAAUCCCGAGCAGGGUGCCAGCUUUGCGUCUAUGCUGGUGGCCGAGGAAGAGCCUUUGGCGGAUAUCAAUCAGAUAGUGGACAUUUUUAUGGAACACUCAAUGGUGCAGCAGUGUACGGCCUUUUUGUUGGAUGCUCUCAAGCACAAUCGUCCCAAUGAGGGCGCCUUACAGACCCGGCUUUUGGAAAUGAACUUGAUAUCGGCUCCCCAAGUGGCCGAUGCUAUUUUGGGCAAUGCCAUGUUUACCCAUUACGAUCGUGCACACAUUGCCCAAUUGUGUGAAAAGGCUGGUUUGUUGCAACGUGCUCUUGAGCACUAUACCGAUUUAUAUGACAUUAAGAGAGCCGUGGUUCACACUCAUCUCUUGAAUGCCGACUGGUUGGUGGGCUUUUUCGGCACUCUCUCCGUUGAAGAUUCUUUGGAGUGCUUAAAGGCCAUGUUGACUGCUAAUAUAAGACAGAAUUUACAGAUUUGUGUUCAAAUUGCUACCAAAUAUCAUGAACAAUUGACCACCAAAGCUUUGAUAGAUCUCUUCGAAAGCUUUAAAUCCUACGAGGGUCUUUUCUAUUUCUUGGGCUCCAUCGUCAACUAUUCGCAAGAUCCUGAGGUACAUUUCAAAUACAUUCAAGCUGCUUGCAAGACCAACCAAAUCAAGGAAGUGGAACGUAUAUGUCGCGAAUCGAACUGCUACAAUGCUGAACGUGUUAAGAAUUUCCUCAAAGAAGCCAAAUUGACCGAUCAAUUGCCUUUGAUUAUUGUGUGCGAUCGUUUUGAUUUCGUGCACGAUUUGGUCUUGUACUUGUACCGCAAUAACUUACAGAAAUACAUUGAAAUCUAUGUGCAAAAGGUCAAUCCCUCACGUUUGCCCGUGGUGGUGGGAGGUCUUUUGGAUGUCGAUUGCUCCGAGGACAUUAUUAAGAACCUUAUUUUGGUAGUCAAGGGUCAAUUCUCCACUGAUGAAUUGGUAGAAGAGGUAGAGAAACGCAACCGCUUGAAAUUGCUGUUACCCUGGUUGGAGUCGCGUGUGCAUGAGGGCUGCAUUGAGCCGGCCACCCAUAAUGCCUUGGCCAAGAUUUAUAUUGAUUCGAAUAACAACCCUGAGAGAUUCCUUAAGGAAAAUCAAUAUUAUGAUAGUCGUGUUGUGGGACGUUACUGCGAGAAACGUGAUCCUCAUUUGGCCUGUGUGGCCUACGAAAGAGGUCAAUGUGAUCGUGAAUUGAUUGCUGUCUGCAAUGAAAACUCUCUCUUCAAGAGCGAGGCACGCUAUUUGGUAAGACGUCGUGAUGCUGAACUUUGGGCUGAAGUGCUGGCCGAAGCAAAUCCCUACAAGAGACAACUUAUCGAUCAAGUUGUACAGACCGCCUUGUCCGAAACACAAGAUCCCGAUGAUAUAUCUGUCACCGUCAAGGCUUUCAUGACCGCCGAUUUACCCAAUGAGCUCAUCGAACUGUUGGAGAAGAUCAUUUUGGAUUCGUCCGUAUUUUCGGAUCAUCGCAAUUUGCAAAAUCUUUUGAUUUUGACCGCUAUCAAGGCCGAUCGUACUCGUGUUAUGGAUUACAUUAAUCGCUUGGACAACUAUGAUGCUCCCGAUAUCGCCAACAUUGCCAUAUCGAAUCAAUUGUACGAAGAAGCCUUUGCCAUCUUCAAGAAAUUCGAUGUCAACACCUCGGCUAUACAAGUGCUGAUCGAACAGGUCAAUAAUCUCGAGAGAGCUUAUGAAUUUGCUGAACGUUGCAAUGAACCUGCUGUAUGGUCUCAGUUGGCCAAGGCCCAAUUAGAUAAGGGUUUGGUUAAGGAAGCUAUCGACUCCUACAUCAAGGCUGAUGAUCCCAGCGCUUACAUGGAUGUGGUAAAUGUGGCUUCACAAUCCGACUCAUGGGAAGAUUUGGUGCGCUAUUUGCAAAUGGCCCGCAAGAAGGCUAGAGAAUCGUACAUAGAAAGUGAAUUGAUUUAUGCCUACGCCAGAACUGGCCGUUUAGCCGACUUGGAGGAGUUUAUUUCCGGACCCAACCAUGCUGACAUACAAAAGAUUGGCGAUAGAUGUUUCAACGAUGGCAUGUAUGAUGCCGCCAAACUGCUGUACAACAAUGUCAGCAACUUUGCCCGCUUAGCCAUUACUUUGGUGUAUCUCAAGGAAUUCCAAGGAGCUGUAGACUCUGCCCGCAAGGCCAAUUCCACACGCACCUGGAAGGAGGUGUGCUUCGCCUGUGUAGAUGCUGAGGAGUUCCGUUUGGCUCAAAUGUGCGGCCUACAUAUUGUUGUGCACGCCGAUGAAUUGGAAGAUUUGAUCAACUACUAUCAAGAUCGCGGCUACUUUGAGGAACUCAUUGCUCUGCUCGAGUCCGCCUUGGGCUUGGAACGCGCCCACAUGGGCAUGUUCACCGAAUUGGCCAUUCUGUAUUCGAAAUUCAAGCCCUCGAAAAUGCGCGAACACUUGGAAUUGUUCUGGUCGCGUGUCAAUAUACCCAAAGUAUUACGUGCUGCCGAGUCAGCCCAUUUGUGGUCCGAGUUGGUAUUCCUUUAUGAUAAAUACGAGGAGUACGAUAACGCUGUAAUUGCUAUGAUGGCUCAUCCCACCGAAGCCUGGCGUGAAGGUCACUUCAAAGAUAUUAUCACAAAGGUUGCCAACAUUGAACUGUACUACAAGGCUAUACAAUUCUAUUUGGACUUUAAGCCCCUGCUACUCAACGACAUACUUUUGGUAUUGGCACCACGCAUGGAUCACACUAGAUCCGUCACAUUCUUCUCCAAAACCGGACACUUGGCUUUGGUCAAACCCUAUUUGCGUUCGGUGCAAUCGCUUAACAAUAAGGCCAUCAAUGAGGCUUUGAAUGGUUUGCUGAUCGAAGAGGAGGACUAUCAGGGUCUGCGCAACUCCAUUGACGGUUUCGAUAAUUUCGAUACCAUUGCUUUGGCCCAAAAAUUGGAGAAACACGAAUUAACUGAAUUUAGACGUAUUGCUGCUUAUCUGUACAAAGGCAACAACCGCUGGAAACAAUCAGUUGAAUUGUGUAAAAAGGAUCGUUUGUAUAAGGAUGCUAUGGAAUAUGCAGCUGAAUCUGGUAAACAGGAAAUUGCCGAAGAACUGCUGGCUUGGUUCCUCGAACGUAAUGCCUACGAUUGUUUCGCUGCCUGCUUAUUCCAAUGCUACGAUUUAUUAAGACCCGAUGUUAUUUUGGAACUUGCAUGGAAACACAAUAUUAUGGACUUUGCCAUGCCUUAUAUGAUUCAAGUCAUACGUGAAUAUACCGCCAAAGUGGAUAAACUCGAACAAAACGAACAACGACGAGAGAAGGAAGAUGAGACGGUUGAACAUAAAAACAUAAUUACCAUGGAACCUCAAUUAAUGAUAACAGCUGGUCCUGCAAUGGGUAUACCACCACAGUAUACUCAAAAUUAUGGUGCUGCUGCAGCAGCGCCCGGUUAUGCGCCCAAUAUGGCUUAUCCACCCGGUUAUGGAAUGUAGGCUUUCUUUUCAUAUGGUUUUAAACAAUUAUUCUAACUUGUAACUACGAAUAGAAAACAUACAACAACAAAACAAUUAAUAAUUAUUAUUACAACAAACAACACAAUACAAAAACAACAACAAGAAACUAAAUUUAUUUUAAAAAAAAUUCCAUGUUUAUUAUUAUUUUCUUUUUGUAUUUUUAAUUUUUCUUUAAAUGUUUCUGUUUAAUUUUUCAUUGUCGUAAAUAACUCUUAAGUUUAAUAAUUCCAAAACAUAAAAAAACAUACAAACACUUACAUAAUAUACAAUGCAAAUAAUUACCACAGAAAACUACCAACAAACAUUAAAUUUAAAACAAAAAAAGGGGCCGAAAACAAUUUCAAUUAAUUCUAUGUAUUUAAAUAAUUUUAUGGGGUAAAUUUAUUUUUCUGUUAUUUAAACUUUUUUUCCUUUUUUUGUAAAUGUUUGUAAAGAUUUUUUUUAUAUGUUUUUUUUUUUUUAUAAUUCAUAAUUUUUGUUUGUUUUAUGUAAGUUUUCAAUUCUAACCUCAAACUCCCCACCCUCCUAAAAUUUUGUAAUUCAUAACGUAAUUAUUACUACCUACCUACCUAUAUAUUUGUAUUUAUGUUUUAAACACAUAAAGAAAUCAUUAAUUGAAAAUAUCUUAUCGUAUUUACUAUAUAUCGUAACGAAAUUGAAAAAAAAGAAACAAAAACUAAUUUAAACAAAAAAGAAAAAAGAGAGAAAUGAAUAUACAUUUAUUAUAUUAUUUUUUAAUUUACUCUUUAUUUUUUAUUUUAUUCUCUUUAUUAAGUUUAAAUAUUAAUUAUUAAAUUAAAUUUAAAACAAAACAAAAAAAAAACACAUAAUAGUAAUGCCGCUCCAUUAAACAACAAAAAAAUAUACGCUCUAUUAUAUAUAAUCGAACGAAA